GGGAGGCCCAUUUGCUGCCUUUGGUUUGUCUGGGUUCUGAGACGCUCUUCAGAGGGUGAUCUCGCGGAGGAGCCCGCAGAGACUGGGGGUUGCGCGGAGGGCUGUCUGGCUCCCUGCCUCGCUCCGCGGUGGACUCCAGCUGGCCUUGCCCGCGAGCUUCCCUGGCAAAGGACGGGCUUGGCCCGGCAGCCUUGCGCACGCCACCCCUGCUCUGAGACCGCGCGGCGGGGCAAAAGAUUAUUUCUGCUUGGUCGCCUUCCAGGCUUAUCGCGUUUGGACAGCCCCUUGAUUUCAAAACACCCCUUUUCAAAGAUCUCUAGGAGAGACGUUGCACCCGUCCACUGCAGCCAGAGCAGGCCCGCCCGGGUGGCGAGGUGCCGGCCCACCAUGCCCACCGUGGACGACGUUCUGAAGCAGGUCGGGGAGUUCGGCUGGUUCCAGAAGCGAGCCUUCCUGACGCUAUGCCUGCUCUCGGCCGCCUUCGCGCCCAUCUUCGUGGGCAUCGUCUUCCUGGGCUUCACCCCCGACCACCACUGCCGCAGCCCCGGGGUGGCCGAGCUGAGCCGGCGCUGCGGCUGGAGCCGGGCGGAGGAGCUGAACUACACGGCGCCGGGCCCGGGCGCCGCGGGCGAGGCCUUCCCGCGCCAGUGCCGGCGCUACGAGGUGGACUGGAACCGCAGCGCCCUGGGCUGCGUGGACCCCCUGGCCGGCCUGGCCGCCAACGGGAGCCGCCCGCCGCUGGGCGCCUGCGAGCACGGCUGGGUGUACGACACGCCCGGCUCCUCCAUCGUCACCGAGUUUGACCUGGUGUGUGCCAACGCCUGGAAGCUGGACCUCUUUCAGUCCUGCGUGAACGUGGGCUUCUUCCUGGGCUCCCUGACCGUCGGCUACAUGGCAGACAGGUUUGGCCGCAAGCUGUGUCUCCUGGCUACCGUGCUGGUGAACGCGGUGGCGGGCGUGCUCAUGGCCCUGGUGCCCGGCUACGUGUCAGUGCUGCUCUUCCGCCUGCUGCAGGGGCUGGUCAGCAAGGGCAGCUGGAUGGCCGGCUACACCCUGAUCACAGAGUUCGUCGGCCUGGACUACAGACGGACGGUGGCGAUCCUGUACCAGGCGUUCUUCACGGUGGGGCUGGUGCUGCUGGCCGGGCUGGCCUACGCCAUCCCCCACUGGCGCUGGCUGCAGCUGGCCGUCUCCCUGCCCACCUUCCUCUUCCUGCUCAACUACUGGUGCGUGCCGGAGUCCCCCCGGUGGCUGCUGUCGCAGAAGAGAAACUCUCAGGCCGUGGAGAUAAUGAACCACAUCGCCCAGAAGAACGGGAAGCUGCCUCCUGAGGACGUGAAGAUGCUCUCCCUGGAGGAGGACGCCACGGGGAAGCUGAGCCCUUGCUUCGCAGAGCUGUUCCGCACACCCAGCCUGAGGAAGCGCACCUUCAUCCUCAUGUACCUAUGGUUCAGCGGCUCUGUGCUCUACCAGGGCCUCAUCAUGCACAUGGGGGCCACCAGCGGGAACCUCCACCUGGACUUCUUUUACUCUGCUCUGGUCGAGUUCCCCGCGGCCUUUGUCAUCUUCGUCACCACCGACCGCAUCGGCCGCCGCUACCCCUUGGCCGUGUCAAAUCUGGUGGCAGGGGCAGCUUGCCUCAUCAUGGUUUUUAUCUCGCACGACCUGCACUGGGUGAAGAUCACAGUGGCUUGUGUUGGCCGAAUGGGAAUCACCAUCGCGGCCCAGACGCUCUGCCUGGUGAAUGCCGAGCUGUACCCCACCUUCAUCAGGAACCUUGGAAUGAUGGUGUGCUCCUCCCUGUGUGAUGUGGGUGGGAUCAUCACUCCCUUCAUGGUCUUCAGGCUGAUCGAGGUGUGGCAGGACUUGCCCCUCGCCCUGUUUGGGGGGCUGGGCCUGGCUGCCGGGGGAAUGACGCUGCUGCUUCCGGAGACCAAGGGGGUCGCUCUGCCAGAGACCAUCGAGGAUGCUGAGAACAUGCAGAGGAAAGCAAAGUCCAAAGAAAAGACGAUUUACUUUGAGGUCCAAACCUCAGAAGGCCCAGGCAGCUGAGACAUUUUGCUGGGGACGGAGUGUCGCAGGGACAGAGAUGGAGUCACCCUCUGCAGAAAUCCUUCGAAGCCCUCACUUCUCUGUGCUCAUCCUUAUACCUGCCUGCCCCACGCCAGAACCCGUCCAAAAGAACUGUUUGCAUGGGCUUUGUCUCACUUUGGUUUCUUGCUUUCAAGUCCCCCAAAGCCCUGGCGAUCUUUCAUCUAUUCACCCAUGCUAGUGAGAGCGGUUGGUACUCUUGGGACCAGGUACUAAAUUAUCUAAAGUAUUUUGAAGAUCACUACUGCUUUUCUAGAAUAAGUAUUAUUUUAUUGACUCUCCGAAACAAAAUGCCUCUGCCUUUGAAGGUAUCUGUGUUGGCAAAAACAUAUCAACAUGCAGAUGGCUUGUUGGCCCUCUGUACCCAUGGGUUCCAACCAACCACAGAUGGAAAAUGUUCAGAAUAAAAAGACAGUUGCAUCUGUACUGAGCACGGGCA